AAGAUGUGCAAGUUCUACGACGAGAUGGAGAGGAUAUUGAGCAAUCGGUCCUUAGUAGAGAGCCAGGAUAUUGAUAGUGUCGCUGUUGGGGGAGAUGAAACGAUGGAUGAAGAUGCUGAGAGUACUGAACUCUUGCAGGAGGCUCACAUGGAUGGCAGUGGUGAAUGCUCCUUUAUGGAGCAUCCGGUCAAAACUGAGUACCCAUCCUGCCCCAUUCCGGUGACAGUGGGAGGCAUGAGUUCGUAUCCAACCAAACAGAGCAGCCUGACGAAGACCAACUCGCCGGCAGCCACGUCCAGCAGGCCACGGAGAAGCAAGAAGCGCUUCGCGAACAUGUCGCUGGAGAAGCUGAUGGAGAAGUUCUUGGAGCAGAGCAUGGAAGCAGAAGACAACUUCUACAGGCUCGAGGAGCAGCGUCUUCAGGCCGAGGAUAAACGCAGGGAGGAGGAACAUUCCAGAGAGUUGCAGAUGCUACAGAUGUUGGGCCAGAUUUUCGCUGGCAUUCGCGCACCCUCUCCUGCACCGCAGGCCACUCCGCAGCCCUCUUGUAUCCCUCAGACUAAGCCCGCCGUACCCCCCACGCGCCCCCCUUUUGGGAAUGGUAACCAUCCGCCUGCCUUGACCGAGUUUGCCAGCCACAGCCAACCAGCUGGCCCAGGUCUGCUCAUGGAAGAGGGUGACGCUCAAUUCAUAGAGCGCUCUUUCUCUCUGGGAACGGCAGCAAUGGACAAUGUCAUUCCUCUUUUAAGAAACACAAUUCCUCCACUUACGUCCAAAAAACACAAGGGUCAGGACGGACGCAUUGGAAUCAUUGGGGGAUGUCAAGAGUACACAGGAGCACCUUUCUUUGCAGCGAUCUCGGCUUUAAAAGUUGGAGCCGAUCUGUCUCAUGUGUUCUGCACCAAAGAUGCAGCUCCAGUCAUCAAGUCCUACAGUCCUGAACUCAUUGUCCAUCCAGUGCUAGACAGUCCCAAUGCUGUGGAGGAGAUCGAGAAAUGGCUGCCCAGGCUUCACAGUCUGGUUGUGGGACCAGGUCUGGGGAGGGAGGAUAUGCUUCUGAAGAAUGCUAAGGAGAUUAUUGAGAGGUCAAAACUCAGAGGAAUACCAAUCAUCAUUGAUGCUGAUGGGCUUUGGUUAGUCGCAAAAGAACCCUCAGUCAUUCAGGGAUAUCAGAGAGGAAUCCUCACACCCAACUUUAUGGAGUUUACCCGUCUGUAUGAGGCCAUGCAUCAUGAACCUCUGGACCGCACCGACCACAAGAGAAGUGCUCAGCAACUCGCCAUCGCCAUGGGCCACCUUACCUUGGUUUUGAAGGGGGAGGAGGACAUUAUUACUGACGGAAAGAACAUGCUGACCUGUACUCAAGAGGGCAGUGGGCGGCGGUGUGGAGGACAGGGAGAUCUGCUCUCGGGUUCCUUAGGAGUCUUUGCCCAUUGGGCGUUCAGCUCACCUCCAGAUGCAACUAAAGGCAUGAAUCCUUCACUGGUAGCUGCAUUCGGUGCUACUUCUCUGACAAGGCAAUGUAAUCGCCAGGCCUUCCACAAACACAGCAGGUCUACCACCACCUCUGACAUGAUCCAGGAGAUAAGCUGUGCUUUCAAGAAGUUGUUUGAAAGCUAAACUACAUGUGUAUCCAUUAUGUUUCAUGGUCAUUAUUAAGACUAAGGCCCAAUCCCAAUUCUAUUUUAUACCCCUUCCCCUUCCCCUUCCCCUUCCCCUUCCCCUACCCCU